AUGAACAAAUCAACUUUGCUCUGGCAGCCGAACGAGCCAUCAGGUGAUGGAACGUGUGUGGUCAUUGCAAAGGAGUAUCCAUCACAAACGUACGGGAAGUAUAAUGACUUGAGCUGCGAAACGAUCAAAGGAUUCAUUUGCGAAGUGAGGUUUCCCACAGGUAAAAAAAAAAUUAUACAGUUGAUCUAAGAACUAACUGAAUUGUUGAGAUGUUAUUAAAUUCUUCCAGUGGGGGGGCCUGAAGGGUCUGGACACCCCUUCCCCUCUGAGUUGUUUUUUUCGUUUUUUUCACAACUUUUCUGGUACCAAAAUUUUUGCAAUGACAGGAGCGAACACUACUAAUCCAUCGACUGAUUUCAUUUUCUCUCUCUCCAUCUCGCUUACGCGUUGGUGCUAAAUUCUAGGUGUCUUUUGAGAAAGGGGGAGGGGUUACUCUCUAUCGUGCAAUCUUUUUACCAGGGGCAAGAAAUGGAUGUUCCAAUCCUUUACGAGUGGGAGUCAAGGGCCUAAAUGCAUAGUGAUGUACACGCCGAUAUACACUCUAUAAUGCUGCGUACAAGUAGCGGACAGUUUACGUAUCCAAUAUCAAUAAUUUUUCGAUAGUUAUGAUUUCGUUUUCUCUCAUUUCAUUUUCAAAAGAGAGGGAUGUAAAUGGACAACACUUCAGGUUUAAGUAUAAUUUUGAAUAUUGGAGUAUCCAUAGCAACUUGCGAUCGUCUUUUCAACAUUUUUAAAUUGUCAUACGAGGCAUACAACAGCGAAGGGAUUCCAAGUAGAUUAUAAGCAGGGUAAACUAUACCCUGUAUAUACUUGGCAUCUUCCUUUAAUCUUUACUUUACCACGUUAAAUUUCGCUCCCUCGCAAAAUAAACACAAUUGAUAUUAGAGAGAUUGCAGCUUGCGAAGCGGAUUUGCUCAUGAAUUGAAGGGGUUGUGGAAAUUCCUUGCCACACGGAUCCUGAUUUUUUGUAUCUGUCUCGUAAGCCUCGGUCAGUGUAACACAUGAGUAUUCCAAGGAAGGAAAGAAAAAAAACAAAACAAACUUUGUGUUUGAUGAUUUGCCGGUAUGGAAAUUAACUAAUUUAGCCACAGCUGACCCAAGCUUUGACGGAAAAGAGCAUGUGCGUAAGUAGUACGUGUCACGACUUAUAUAGAUUCGCCCUUGUUUCGCAUCAACAACCUGUACAUCAUUCCAAAAAGCUUUCCAAAAAUUUUAAACUCCACGAUUCCAGGAAGAGUGUGAUCGACUGGAUCAAAAUUAACGUAUUUAGCCACAGGUCUUCAGGCUUGUGGCAUAUACAUCUCCGUCCAAGGUUUACGUUACGCAACAAUCGAUAUUCUUCUCUUGCUUUGCCUUAGUUAGGAUUAUCAUUCAAGUUGUUUAUUUAUGUUAAAAGAGCUUCAUAUCCUCUAAAUCGAUUUUUGGAUUUUUUGGCACUUUCGUGUUUAAAGUCAUCAGUUCUCAGCAUGAGUGGAAACACGAUUGUAAAAGGCUACGUGAUGAAAAUUUUCCUCCAUUGAAAAGGGAUUUGAGUCUGAUUUAUCUCAUCGAAUAUUAUACGAUCUGUGCUAUUAUCGUAUCACGUAAACGAGCCGUCAUUGAAACAAUGCAAUUAAUUUAGAUAUGAGUAUACCAAGCUGACUUACAGACAGUGCAUGCAACACUAACGAGAGCCGAAAAAGAGUUUGAAUAACCUCAUGAUAGCUUUGAAAAAAACAUUUUGACUUCUUAAAUAAGCACAUUAAUUCAAAAUGAGCAAGAAAAGAUUGAAAAAAAAAAAAGAACUGGCAGGAAUAUUUACUUUGCACAAUAUUUUUGUUGAACCGUCAAACUAGGUGAUAAACGGUAUCUAAGUGUAAUCUAUGUCCUUUGUGCUUUGCAAUAUUCCCAUUAUAACUUUGCAAGGGAUUAUCACUCCUCAUUGUGUAUUAUAUUUUGAACACGAACGAAAAGUCAUGCAAAAUACAUUCAUGGAUUAGAAACUCGUUGGAAAAACUUCAAGAACAAGUGAUUACACAAAACAUUACCACAUUUACAGAAAACACACAAAAUCAGCAAGAUCUUGAUACGCUAUUGUAAUUUCCGAGUUGCACUUUUGAGCUUAAGUUUUGUGUUCCUUUUUAUUUAUCUCAAUUUGCCUGCCUAUUGUUAUUGUCUCCUCUGUACGUAACUAGCCUUUUCUACGAUUCCAACGGCUUUCCAUGGCAAGAUAAAGGGUCUGAAGAGUCUUUUCUGUAACAAUCUGUCAUUGUAAGUCAAUAGACGCAAGUCAAGCCAGCUUUAUUUAUUUUUUCUAUAGCUUUACUCGUCAAUAACCCCUAGGAACAAUGUAGGGGAUUGUUAGCUUUUCUUCUGCGCCCUGAAAACCAUUACCGAUCAGAAAAAGUAACCGCGACUCAUAUUUCAGUUCUUCCAUCUAAUAGUAGCGGCAUUGCUGGUCUCAAAGGUAGAGUAGUUAAGAAAAAAAUCAACAUGCGACAAGAGAGCCGUAAUGGACAGUUCAUUAGUAUACUAAAUAAUAUUUGCUUCGCUGAUGAAAAGCUAACACCUUGUCACAUUCGCAGUAAUCGGAUUGGCUGGUGGGCAGAUUGGCGCACGCUUAAUACAAAUAUCUAAAAAUUCUGACAGGCAGAUGGAAGAACAAGACAACGGGAAGCGAAGCCUUCUUGCUGAUGAGAAAAUUUGUAUCAAUGAUAAAAGAAGAAACUAGAAAUGAAAUUUGGAGUUAAAAUCCACGUAUAAAAAAUGAAAAGCCGCGAUUUCCUUUUCAUUAUCUUGGCUCAGGUCAGUAGAUAAUACUUAUGAGAAGUAACAAAAUGACCAAAGACUUUACUUCAUCCUGCAGAGAUCGACUUAACUUUCUUUUGUAAUCUCUGAUAGAUAAUUUUACCUUUCUCGUCUUCGACAGAAGGUAAGUGCUUUAUUUAAGAACCGCGAAUACACAUUCUCGCAGGCCACCUUUUUGUACUUUGCCACGGCGGCCAUUGUACCUAUCCUAAAACUCGUCAAAUUAUCAUUUCCUUCGCACUGUUCGGACGGAAUAUUGGUGACUUUAAACAGAAUUUUAUAAGUCUCGUAAAUCCACGGUAAAGAGCAGUCAAGAAGAAGAAUAACAAGCAUAAAAUUAGUACAAAUCUAUCGAAAAUUAAUCUGUUUUUCACGGUCGCAUUUAAAAAAGUAACUGCAACUCCAAUUUUGUUCGAGUCAAAUUUUCUUAAUAAACGUAAUUUAACAGAUUAAAGACUACGAGAUAAUGAGCGGGUUUUUUAGUGUAGCUUCUCUUAGCACUAAAUUGGAUCUUUUCAGAGGACACGAGUCAGGCAACAAAACCAACAAAAUUUUAUUUUUCUUUGGAAAAUUGUCGACAUGAAUCAUCCGUUUUGCUUGCUGACAGUUAGGACUUAAGGAGAUUUAAUUACUACACUGAAAAACAAAAUUAGAAUCGGAAGCGAAUUACGAUAGCAAUUUCAAUUUAUCCUAAAUUGGUUUUAGCUUAAAGCUUGUGAACAGAUCGCAUAACCUACUGAAAAUUCUAGCGUCAUUUGCGAAUUUCGUUUCAACUUUAAGUUUAAACCAUGCUUUUCAGUACCAUAUUUACAGAUCUCCUCAAAGGAGAUCUGUAUAUAAAAACAAAAAACAAACAAAAAAAAAACCUUACUAAUCUAUCUAAAAAUGGACGAAACUUUGGUGAUGGUUCUUGUAGACUUGAAGUUUGAAACGUCAUUAGACCGGAAUCUUCCAUCAUCUCCUGUCGCUCGAAUCUAAACAUGUCAAGCUAAGCAAUGUCUGAGUAAUUAAGAUUACACUAUCAAAAAGUAUCUGGUAAAUUAAAAUUUCGAAAAUUACCGUUCGGAGAUCACACUAUAUAUUUAUCUUGGACACGAAAAAAAAAAGCGAAAUGAGGCCAUGUCGUGCUUCUUUUAUUUACAAUCAACAAGCUCUUAAUUCCGAAUAAAUUGUUUUUUAUUUCAAAUUUUCAGAGGAUGGAGGAUUAAAAUCCGUUGCUCAUGGUCGUUUAAAUUAUGGCGGCCAAGUCUUAAUUAAUUGAGUUCUUCAUUACGUCUUAUCUUUUAGUUGAAUAUUUCCUGAUCUUACAAUUUGUAAGUCGAUUCUAACAAGUUAAAUAUAAAGAUGCCUUUUUAUCCUAUCACAAUCGGCUCGUUUUGUAAAUAAAAAUGAUUUAUGCAUCACGAAGCUCGAGGGUUGAAUAAAACGACGCAGAAAUAAAAUGACAAAAAUAAGCAGAAAAUAUUCUUCAAGUUAUCUAAUGGCAAACAACGUACGCACGAUAACUAAGUUUUCCAUUAAUUCUUCUUUUUUUGGAACAAAAUGAUUGCUUCUAGCUACCAAUAUUACAGUGGACGUAUUGACUUGAGUUAGAUUCUCAAGACUGAUGUAUAAUCUUAUAAUUCUGCUAGUUUGCUUUUUUUCCGCUUUGUUGCGAAAAGCGCGGAAAAAUUUUUCGGAUUGUAGUUCGUAUUGCAGAAAGCUGGACCGGUUCACAAACGCACGAUUAGCCAAUCACAUUCUAGCAUUUAGGAUUCCGACCCGCUGAGAUGUUUCAUCCUUAUUAAUUCUUCCUUAGAAUCAUUCUUUAUAUUGACCCCAGGUCCUGACCUAGUUUUGGACGAAAAAUGGCUGAACAUUAGUGGCGACGAGAUCAAGGAACUGACUUCUGAUCCUCGCUACCCUGACAACGCCACAGAAAGUGGAUAUCUUCCUCUCUUCAAGGAUUAUAAUCCGAACGAAGUUUACCGCAACCAUGGAGCACGAUACCGUUCAUAUUUUCAAGCACAGGAGACUGGAAACUACACCUUUUAUACGUUUUGUGACGACAGCUGCCGCCUGUAUCUGAGUAGCGACGUCAAUCCCAAACAUAAAAAAACGAUUAUUAAUCAAACCCAACAUGUAGACCACGUAAACGAGAGCAACUGUUGCAGGUAUAACUACCUUUGUCUUUUUAUUAAAUCUACGGCUGGAGAACUAGGGCUAGAGAACUAGCCCUAGAAUUAUAACCAGCUUAUAACCUUUUUUCUGAAUACAUAUACUAAAAGUGAAACACGACAUGAAAGAUAAACAACGACCUCGAAGUGAUUCCCAAAUGAAUGUACCUUAUUUUUUGUGUACUCACAUCUGCUUUAGCUAUCGAAAGCUUGUAAUGAAUGCUGAUAGGAGAUGUAAACAAAAACAAAACAAGAAAAACAAUUAACUUUUCAAGAAUUAAUUUAAUGUUCUCUCGCAUAAUCUUAACAUCAGUUUCAUUUUGUUUCAUUCGAAGUCAAGUAACUUGAAAGAAUUAGUUUGAUUACAUUCGUUGUUUCUCAAUUCGUUUCAUACAAAGUCAAGUGAAUUUAAUGAAUUAGUUUCACGGCAUUCGGUGUAAAUUUAAAAUCAUUUGUACUGAGCUUCGUUUUCUUACACGACUUUUGCAGCGAUUUAGAUGAUAUGCAAAUAUCUCCUCCUCAAUAUCUAGAGGAGUCAAGACUCCACUACAUAGAACUUUUGUUUAAGCAAGGCAAAGGGAAUUCGAGGAUGUAUGUAGCCAUGAGAACACCUAGUGGCCAGAUGGUAUUGCCAAUUAAUUGCGAACAUUUGGUGAAACAGGUACCCCUGUACGGUAAGUACUACUAAAUUGAAAUGUUUAUCUUCCUUUUCAUAGGCUUUUAUUAUAAGGUCGUCAACCCAGAGAAAACAAACAUAUCAUUAAGUUUACUUCCAAAUAUCCUAUUAUUUAUUAUGCUAUAAUCAGAGUUCAAAUGUUUCUCAAUUUGAAAGCAAUUGGUGAAUGUAACACAAAAUAUCUUGACAUUAAGAGCUCUUGAGAAGAUAAGGCGCGCCACUUAGACAGGAGAGACAUGCCCCUCCCCUCCCCCAAAGAAAAGACUCAAGGAUCGGUAUGAUAUUUUAACAAUGUACACGCUUACCAAUAAGAGGGAUCCAUGAGAGGACAAUAUUAUUAUACAAAAACAUUUAAGCUGAGUUUACUUAUAAUCCAGCCAACUUUCCUAGAUAUUCCUGGGGAUGGUUGUAAGACCGAAGGAGAUCCGAGGUAUCCCGAUUACGUAAAUUGCACGGCACUUUCGGAUACGCAAAAGGUAUGAAGAAUCAAAAAUUUAACUCAGUGAUCCACCUCAUAAAUAUGAACUGAGAACCAUCUAUUACAUCGCAGGUGGACCGUGCCAUUUCUUUAUUAAGAGAUUUGAGGUCUCGUGUGAACGACAGAAGUCCUACUGCUGAUUUUUUCCGUUCGGUGAUGAAGGUAGGACAGAAAGACAUCAUAAUAGCAUUUCAAUUGCUCCUCAAUUUCUGCUUUUCUCAAGAAGGCCUCAUGAGUAUAUUUACUUGUGUGCUUUAAAGCAGUCCUUAUGUCUUCUGUAAUAAGUCUUACACUUGACUGUCUAUUUUUAUUUGCUUGUCAGAAGCCAUUAUUUGAAAGUGUGAAUUUGCAACGUAAUCUCGGAGAUUUAGGAAAAUAGUAAUCGUCUUCAUGCAGAAAAGUAAUUAUAGCUGUUUGGGACGAGUUUCCAAUUUUUUAAAUUUUCUCUCAUGUAUUUCUUAUGCUUCUGCGAAAGUUAAUUUACGUGUAUUCUUUUCGUUUCUUCACUUAUUCAUUUAUUCGCCAUUACUUUCUUCAUGUAAAUUACGCUUCCCUACAUUUUCCACAUUUUACGUCCUUAUAAUUGUUUGUAUUUUAUUUUUGAUUCUGUUUAAACCCCUUCCUAUAUUUCUCUCAGCACUUGUCGCGUCGUAUCUUUGUACAUAUUCUCCCAGCUAAUCUUUUUUAGUAUAAUUUGGGAGGGUCUUUUUCCUGCCUUCUAGGAAUUUACUUCUACUUCACACAUUAAAAUAAAAUGGUUUAAACUCUGUGUGGCGUGGUUUCUUUACUUGUGUGACCUGGCCUCUAGACCUGUGUGACCUGGCUUAGGUUCUUCAACUAUUUCAGAUUGUAAUAAACUUCUAAUCAUUAUAAUAAAAUCAAACCCACACAGACCGCUGGAAAGAGGACAAGUGAUCUGCUAGAAGAUCUAGAUAACAUUCGUGUGAACCAGAACACUUCUGAAUCAAACCUUGGUUUUACAAUCGCCAGAGAGGUUGAACGUCUCGGAGAAAGCAUCGCUUCUCGUGUGAGCAAAGAUACACCAGUGAUAGCUGUUAAUUAUUCAAGUUUAGGUACACACUACUACAUAGUUUUCUACGUUUUUUUAGACUUGUGUAUUAAUAGUUUGCUGAUAAGGAAUAAAUAUUGCAUGGAAAUCUGAAGCAAAUUAUUUAAUAUCAACAGUAAACUAGCUCUAUGAAAGCUAUAUGAUAAUUAACUGAGAAAAACAUAUCUUUUCUUUGAUUUCGAUAAAAUGUGGUGAAUUUUGCUGAACCUUAAAUACUGACAGUAUAUCUCUGUGUUUAAGAUAUGAAAGCGGGUUAUGGAAAUCUGGACGCUUCCUUCAAAAGCUCUACACCUUCGAGUAAUUCUGAAAGCGAAAACAGCAUAACCAUUUCUCUGGGAAAUUCAACACGAGGUAAUUCAGUCAUUACUGUAAUCUUAAGUUUAUUGUUCCUGAAUGUUUAUUGUUAUAAAACAAUAGCAGGGAUUUUAUUGUUUUAACAGCUACCACAUCUCAAAGAUUAAAAGCUAUUAAAGGCUAUAUCGGCGCAUUUAGGUUUCCACCAACAAAAGUUAAAUUCUCAAAACGCUCAUAAACGCUUCUCUUACUACCUCUAAAUUACAGUCCAAGUAAAUUGUGACGUAACAUUUGAUGAAGAAAUUGCUUUUCCUACUACGUGAUCGAGAAUUAUCGUCUAUUAUUAAGAACACUUUGCAGUCAAACGACUGAAUUACGUGAAUAUGUACAAUACAAUAAGACGAAUAUUAAAAAAUAUACAUAAAUAUAUAUAUAUAUAUAUAUAAUGUACUGUGGCUAAUAACAAAACUGUCUCUAAAUCUGUCAGUCUUGCACACGAGUGCGGUAAAGGUGUGACCAGAUCUAAAGUUGUACAUCUGCAGGGAACGUGUUGUAAUUCUCUUAUCUAAUCAUUUUUAUAGGACAAGAUGGAACGCGAUUCUUUGCUGCAUUUUACAGAUCAUUGGAAAAAGUUCUUCAAAUGAAUAUCAGCCACGUAUACAGGUGGGGCUUACUGACUCGAAAUAUUUUUGCAUUUAGUGGAUCAUUUAUCGAAAAGCAUCAGUUAGUGCCUUUUCUUUCACGGAUUUCCGGCAUAAAGGUGGGAAACGCCUUCAGAAAGGCUAAUUACUUUAAACUUAUGAUGUAAGAGUUAGUCAUCAACCACAUGCAUAGACAGGUCUCACAGGACAACCCUUACACGGAAAGUAAAACUAACAAACUGUUUCCACUUAAUGGAAAGUGCGAGAGGCCCCUUGUGUUUUAAAGUUUUCAUAUGAAUCAUACAUAAACAUAAAUGAAUUUUUUUCCUUGCGACAGCAAUGAAUCCAGCCAGCAAGUGCCCCACUUUUUGAACAGCAAAAUCAUAUCAGGAUCGAUAAUCCCUGAUUCAAACAAGUCUUUCAAUGGCGAAGUUACCAUUCGAUUGGAGCACACACAGGUUGAUAUUUCAAGCGUGUUACAAGUAUUUUUGACGAACAGUUCUGUCGAUACUGUUUAAUUCCCAUUCCUGAUUCUAGUACACGUGAAGCGUAAAAGCUAAGAGCGAUAAGCUGCAACUUAAGUGAUCUACGUUUUCUGUUAAAAAAAGUAGUACCAAUGUAAAUAUGAGCUUAAUAUCAAAACAAAGAGACCAUUGUAACCGAUUCAUUCUAACCAAGAAAUCAAAAUUAUAGAUAUUACAAAUUAAUCAAAGUUAGAAAGUUAUUAAUUUAUAUGGGGUUUUUUUUAGGAAGUGCGUUGGAUAAUAAGUAGAAUGAUUGGAAAUUAAUUUUGGUAAAACUUUACACGAGGGAGAGUUGCCAUUCCUAACGCCUAGGAGAGAGACGAGAGUCACUAAAUAUCCACUACAACUUACUGAUUGCUCAAGACUUACCAUUUCAUUCUCGUUUUUAUUAUACAAGUUCAAAACCUCGGAGCACAUGUCUAUGGAGUGUGCUUUUUGGAGAUUUCCAAAGGGAAACUCAAGCAACUCAUCGGGCUACUGGUCGAUUGAUGGAUGUAACAAAGACGAGGGGCUUUCAAACGCUGAGGCCACAGUGUGUCGUUGUAACCACCUUACUCACUUUGGUAUACUUAUGAGAGUCUCUGAUGAUACACAGGUAUAAUAACUUAUUGUACUCCUUUAUGCAAGAGCGUAUAUGUAGGUUGCCAUGAAAUUUCUCUGAGUGAAUCAAAAUCCCUAUCAGAGUGAAUGCUAUCUACUAUAAAUGCUUACUAAGACGACAUUUUAGAAAUUCUACUUUGACUUCUCAGUUGUCCAUUUAGUCGCUCGCUCGCUGUCUCAUUCAUUCAUUUAUUCAUUCAUUCUGUCAGUCAGUCCAUUGGUCAGUUAGACUGCCCAUUGGUUAAUUAGUCUGUCCAUUGGUUAGUUAGGCUGUCAUUCUGUAUGUCUAUCUGACUGCCAAUCAGCGUCUUUGUGUUUGCUUGUCGGUCAGCCUAGAUCUCGUGUGUGACUGUGUCCAUGUCUCUUUGUAUGUCGGUUGUUUUUGUGACAUUUGAAUGUUUCUUUUCUUAAAUUGAUCCAAACCUCAAAACAUGAAAACUCUCCAAGGUGUAUUAAGUAUUCAGCGGCGUCUACUUGCACAGGUAACCCAGCCAGGUCAGCCUCACGUUCAAGCCUUGCAACUUAUCACAUAUAUUGGUUGUGGCUUAUCACUUUUAGGAGAAAUUCUCACAGUUGUUGCGAUCACAUGUCUCAAGUAAGUUAACGGAUGCAACGUAAAUAAUUUGGUCAGUAAAUUGUCUUUUCUAUUUGUGUUCCCUGACAGAAUUCUGACUUUCGAAAAAAAUUGACACCACUUAAUAUCCUGGCGAGAUAACAAUUUGAUUGCUGUACAUAUUUUGGCAGGUUGACUAAAUCCGAAACAAGUAUAAUUCAUCUGAACCUCGUCGUGGCGCUGGCAGUUGCCCAGAUCACUUUCCUGACAGGAAUCGAGGCCACACAGAACAAGGUGAUAGCGAUACUGGUUUUCUUAAUAAUACGCUUAAUGAUCUGCAUAACGACUUAACAUCUAAUAGGAUGAAAGGAAUAAAAAAGAGAGGAACUUUAAGAGGACAAAAGUGACAAAGAAAUCGAAAUGAUUAAACAAAGAGCGAUGCUCUGUUGCACUCCGAUGUCCUAUUCAGCACUGAUUUCUAAUUGUAUAAGUUGUUAUAAAUGCGGUAAAACAUUACUCAGCGAACUUUUCAAGUCCUUAUUAAUAUCUCAUUAUUCACACUUCCAACCUAAAUUAAACCUAACAUAAUUUUUAUUGCUGGUAUUAGGCAGCUUGCAAGAUCGUGGCCGUCCUUCUCCACUAUUUUAACAUUGUCUCGUUCUGCUGGAUGUUGGUCGAGGGGGUUUGGCUCUACCUGAUGAUAGUAAGAGUGUUUGAGACGGGACACAGCAGAAUAAAGAAAUACUGCGCUUGCGCAUGGGGUAGGCCAACUAUUGUUUAUAAACCGCUCGCCUCAUCGUUCUGUUAGCUUUCUUUAUCUCUAGUCAUCAAACUCUUUCUUUCUUUUUAUCUUUUUACCGUUGUCAUUUUUUCCUUGUAUGGUAAGUAUGUGAUUAUCGGAACUCUUUAUCACCACUCGAUUGCAUGCACUGCUUCAAAGACUAAAGGCAGAUCAGUUAUUUUCAAAGCCUUUCUCGUGUUUAAUUGCCAACUUUGUAUUAAUUUUUUUUAACUCACAACAGAAAUUGAUGAAUAUAGAUAGCUUUUUUAAAGUAGAAGCACGUACUGGAUCUCUUUUCAAGUGAGACGGUAGUUCAGAAAACCGACCAUUAUGAAAUGAAUCAAACAGCCUAUUUAACUGAGCUUUGAACUGAUUUAAACAGGAUUUCCAUUUGUAUUUGUUGUGAUCACAUUAUCUGCAAGUUUUGACGGAUAUGGCACAGAAACAAGGUAAGUAAGCUUUCAUUAAUUUAUCAAUCAACGUCGGAAAUAACCAGCACGCCGUUUGAAUGAACAGAAAAACGAAGAAUUGACACGAUGAACCUCAUAUCCAUAAACCUGCAUCUCAUACAGCGCCAAUUAGCAAAACGAUCAUGCUCGAAAUACGUUGCUUCUGAAGUAAAAAGUUAACAUCAGUUAUCGUUUUUAUUUGCCAAAUUUGGCACUUCAUACAUAUCUCUUCUCUACAUUCGUUUCUUUCUUUUUUUGCAGUUGCUGGUUAUCUGUUCAGAAAGGAACCAUUUGGAGUUUCGUCGUACCCGUUAUUCUCAUUGCUUUGGUAUGAAAAUUUCCAAUUUACCUUUUUCCGUUUCCUUUGACAUAUGGUGAUAAUGGGCUCACUUUUCUGUCUUUGUUUCCAUAGGCAAAUUCGAUCAUACUUGGGAUGGUUGUUAAGGAGAUUCUCAGGUUGAAUCAUCCAACAACAGAAAAUAGUACAAAAUAUCAGUCUGCAAGGUAGGAUGAACACACGUUGAGUGACACGGUAAGAGAGUUUUCAGUUUCCUGAAACUUUAAAUUAGAAAUGGACUACGUCAGGUAAUUUCCACCAUCUCACAUCAGGUAUCUACGUCUUAUGUCUGUUCAAUAUCGUAAACCUUUCCUUUGUCACUGCUACCUUAUUCCUUGUAAAUUGUUAUCACUUGGACAAGGCCAGACUCAUGCUCUGUCGUCACCCUUUUCGUAUAUCUGCAGAGGAAUCUAGGAAGGGGAUCAAGGCCCGUAAAGGCGCUUGAUGCAAUGCGAGCUCGCUAGAUCCUUCUCAUCAAUUACUUCCCGAAUAAGGAGAAGGGACUGGAUACAAGUGUGGGGAGAUCUAAGCACACCAAUUUUAUCGUAACAGGUCAGGUGUUCAGUCGGCCAUUGUACUCCUACCUUUGUUGGGGAUUACAUGGUUAUUUGGAGUAUUGACAUUCAACAGCGAUACUUUGGCAUUUCAGUAUCUGUUCGCCAUUUUUAACUCGAUACAGGUUUGUAAUAAGUUUUGUUUCAUAGUUUAAUGCCAAAUUCAAGGAUAUACUCUCAGAACAGGCAAGAAUAACUUUAAAAAAGGUCAAAAUGAUGGUAACGGAUAAAGAAGAUUACCCCAGUGAACAAAUGGAACACUCUUCCCGAAACAAAAAGGCUACUUCUCAUAACUGGACGAGAGUUGGCGAAGCAGCGUAAGACCGUCAAAUCAUGUUUCAACCUAUGGUAUUCUGCAAACCGUUCAUGUAAAUCUGUGAUAUAUUUACUUCGUUUUCUCAUCACAAGGUUCAUCGCCGUGCUCCAUUCUUAAAUAUGCCCUCCGGGCCUGAAUUUGUAUCGAGAUAAAGAGGAAAAUAUUUUUUUUCAUUUUUCCAGGGAUUUUUCAUCUUCUUGUUUCACUGUCUUCUCAACUCUGAGGUGAGUAUGCCUCCCCACUGAAGAAGUAGAAGAUACUGAUAAACCAUCCGUAAUAUUUAAAAAAUGAUCAAGAUUAAGACAGGGAGGUUACGUUCUGUUGCUUAUGAUAGGUGAGAAGAGCCUUUCACAGGAAAAAGAAGGUAUGGUCCGAGUCGCAUGACGCGUUCCAAACACAUUCACUGACUCCACAAAACUACAAUGACAUCUCCAAGGAGACCCUCUCCACUGGAAACGACGUCAGGGUAAAUGGCAAAAAAAUAAUUCAUUUAAGUACAGCUAGACCACUAAGUGCAUAUCGUGAGGUAUGUCAGCUACACAGGCUUGAGACCCGAUAUUUACCGCGCGAAGCGGCGGUAAAAGUCUAAUUUUAAAACACAAAAUGCAGAACUGUUUGGCAACGAGAAGUUGAACCUUUCACCUAGCAACUGAUAGCAAAAAAUUCGUUGAUUGAUUGACUUAAAGAUAUUCUGAAUACGCUUAUCGACUGGCAAUAGGAACAUACUAUUAUCAUGACUUUUCUUCUCUCAUUACAAACAACUGUUCUCAUCAUAGUAAAAAGGAAAAUUUAAAUUCUCCAACACCGUGAUCUAUUUCUACGUAGUCCCAAUUCCCAAUUCCCACUUGUAGUAAAUACCUUCAGAACGUGCAAAGAUCUAUCGGUCUCACAUUGGAUUUCAAUCGCUUUCAUGUUUUUCGUUUUAGCGACCCGGGUCAGCGAUCUCUGCCACGUCCGAUUUGUCUAACAAACCAUGACAGGUUGAGUGUCUAAGUUGCAGACUAUCGUCGCUGGAUGACUGGCUUUUAAAGUAGUUCAAACUAUACAAUUCUCAAGAUUUGAUUGGAAAUUUCCCCCUCUAGCGGCUAUACAUUGUUUUUUAAAUCAGUUCAAGGAAUUUUGCUUUAGAUCAAGGUAAAACUGGCCAAUUUCUUCGUCUUAAUGCUCCUUAUAUCAUUUCCAGUUUUUCGAGAGGUCAUGUGUGCUUACGAGUGUCACAAACACAAUCAUGGAUCAUUAAUCAGGCAAAAACAGUUUAUCAUAUACGCACUUACACAUAUCAUGAUAAUAAUGAAACUCUCACCCCUGCAAAUUCAUCUCAUUGUAUUUACUAUCGAUAUGAAUGUUGUGCGGUAGCCACACCACCUCGACCGAAGUAAUCAAAUUGACAGAGAUAAAUGCUAAAUUUGCUGACAUAGUUAUUGUUUGCAUAUUUGCACAGAUGCGUUUAUUUCUACCAAUAAAUUAUUUAAGUGUUCGAAUUAUUUGUCAAAGGAAUUGAGCUCACCCCUUAAUGUGUAAUAAAUAAGGCAACAAAGGUAUAGCUAGCCAUAUUGAGAAAUAAAUAGAUCAGCAUCAUUAAAUAAGUAGUUCAGCUCUCAUUCGCGUCGAGACCAAUUGCGAACUUUACUACUUUGAGUUAAAAGGUAAUAAUUAGGUGACAUAGCAGCGUAACACGUGGUCACAUUAGUCACAUGGUUUCGAUGAUUCUAUCCGCAGAUCUUUCUGAAUAGUUUAAGACUUCAGUCGCGUUUUUCACUUGUUUAUCGAAAUCAUGCUCUAUUCCAACGUAGCUGGUACGCUGGGAGACUAAAACUGUCUUACUUUGCUGGUUGCGUAUUCUACUGGUUUAGCAAAUUGUCCUUUUUCUUCUACAGUGAAAAAGGCAUUUCAUAUUUUUUUGGUCUUCUGUAAGAUCACAAUCUUUCAAGAUAACCUGGGUUUUUAUAAGACAUUAUCGC